GAUAAAUGAUCAGAUACUCCUACAAAUUUUAUAUGUAAUCUACAAAAAAAAAAAAUUAAAAAAAUAUGGUAAAUACGUCCCUCUUUGGUUAUCUAGACAAAACAGAAAAUCCAACUAAAAUCUAGAAAAAAUCAACUAAAAUCUGAUAAAAAUAUAAUUCCUAACAGAUAAUAUACGUAUAUAUAUUUGUACAAAUCAGAAAAUGGCUAUUGUUAGUACUGUAUUUAACUAACAAAAUCUCUCUCAACAUAACCAUCCCCGAAAAAUUCUCUACACACAACUCCGAAGAACACUCUCCACGAUCUUCUCUCUUUCUCCUUCUCUUAAGGAGAAAAACAAGGAACAUCUGGCCAGGCAAACCCUAAACUUCCAUAUAUCCUAAACGCAAACCCUAAUGUCCUUAAGCACCUUAUCCGGUGGUUCCACCACAGCUUGCGCUGCCUGCAAAUACCAAAGAAAAAAGUGCAAGAAAAACUGUCUUCUCGCUCCUUAUUUCCCACAAGAUCGCUCAAAUCAGUUUCUAAACGCUCAUAAACUCUUUGGAGUAAGCAACAUCACCAAGAUGCUCAAAGGAAUCGAAGAAUCUCAACGAGACAUCGCUAUGGAGAAUCUUAUCUACCACGCUAAUGCUCGUGCCCUAGAUCCAGUAGGAGGGGUUUACAGUACUAUCUGUGAUCUUAAGCGCAAGAUCGAGAUCGUUCAGGCUGAGCUUAACUUUACUCGUCAGCAAAUCGCUAUGUGUCGCUCUCUAGCUCAGCAGCAGCAGAGGCAAAGGCAAGAUCUUCCAUAUGGCUGCUAUUCCUAUGAACAUCUAUUACAACAAGAUGAAGAUGAAUACGUUAAUGUCGAUGGUUUUGAUCUUCAGAACAUGCAACAACAUCAGGAGAUGCAGCAGCAGCAGCAACCGAAUCCAAUAAACUACGAGAUGUUUUUGGAGAUGCCUGAACAAACUAGCAAGGUAAAGCUUGAGGAGGUAAAAAUCUCUGACCAGGGAGAAACAAUCUCGUGAGGCAGAUACUUCAGGUUUAGGUUUUCGUCAUUAUCACGCUUUUUCUGCUUAUCCUUCUUGAAUUGUCAUAGAGUUCCGACUAGUAAUCUUUUUCUUUUAUUACUAGAACAAAUUACUGAGAGGAACAUGUGUUUAUGAAUCUGUUUUAGGUUGAGAAAUUGUGAGAGUGAAUCAGAAAACAGAAUCAGGCCAUGAAUGAAUUGCAAUAUAGUAUUGAAACAGAAAUCAUGAUUAACUUUUCACACAAGCAACAUAGCCGAUUGCCCAAAAUAGGGUUACACAGUUCAUUAGACAAUAUGAUCCUAUACUU